AUGGCGUCACGCUGGGGCGCCCUCUUGGCCGUCUUGAUCUUGGACGUGGCGGUCGCCGCAGGGUGUGCCCUGUGGCCGCUGUGGCCUGCGAAGAGAUCAUCUGGAUCCCGAUUGGAGGACCUUGGCUGGAGUGGAGAGGCUUGCAAUGGAAAUGCGGACAUCGGAAUAUUGGCCAUCAUCCGCUGCCUUCUUUUUGUUGGGAUUUGGGUUUGUAGCAGCCGUUGGUAUGGGGCCAAGCACAACGACAGGGUGCGAGUGGCCUUGUGGACCAUCGGGUACACAUUCAUGUCGCUGCUGUCAGUCAAAAUGAUAGUGGUCGCUUCCUGUGGGGCUGAAAGCCGGUGGCCGGAAAUGGGCAGUGGCAGGGCGGGUUUGGUGAUGAUUUUCAUUCCCCUUGUACUGGGGCUGCUCUUUGUGCACAUGGAGUGCACCAGAUUGGAGGGAAUCUUGAAACCUUUGGUGGAAAAGUCAGCAGACCUUGAGGCUGGAGUGACUGCGCCCCUCCUUGGUGACCAUAAGAAAACCGAAGAAGAGGAUGUCAAAAGCCAGAAUCUUUUCCAGGAGUUAGUGAGGCUGGCACGGCCAGAUGCAGCCAUCAUGUGGGUGGCCCUAGUUUGUGGCAUGGCUGCUGCCGUGCUGAGUGGCUUGAUCCCCAUGUACGCUGGCCAGGCCAUUGACUAUGCCGCCAUUGAUUCCAACCGCAGCAUGUUCACAAAGGCAAUGGUGUUGCUCGUGCUUGCGGCUGUGGGGAAUUCCGUCCUCGUCACUGGCCGUGGCGGGCUGUUCUCGCUCCUUGGUUACAAGCUGUCAGUACGGAUCAGGCACCAACUGUUGGCAUCCCUGCUGCGGCAAGAGAUCGCCUUCUACGACGUGACUGGCAGUGGCUCCUUGAGCAGCAGGCUGCAGGGCGAUACAACAUCAGUGAGCCAGGCCAUAAGCCUCAAUGUAAAUGUGCUUGCCAGAGCCUUGAUGCAAAUGUUGGUUGUUCUCUUCCUCAUGGCCAAGACAAGCUGGCGGUUGACUGUGAUCACACUGGUCGUGGUGCCCGUGGGCGCGGUUGUGACUCAGGCAUUUGGCGCACGUUAUGAGGAGCUUCAGAAGAGCAUCCUAACGGAGCUGGCGAAGGUUAACUCUUCCGCAGAGGAAGCACUUGCGGCAAUCACCACGAUUCGUGCCCAUGCUGCAGAGGCCUCAACUGAGGCCUUCUAUGUGCAAGGCCUGGCCAGGGUCUUCAAACUGCAGGUCACCCAGACGCUGGUAUACUGCGGCUACAUAUGCUUCUGCGCGCUGGCGCCCAAUGCCACCCUUAUUGGUGUCCUCUUCCUGGGGGGUCACCUUGUUCUGGAAGGGGUUCUCAGUGCUGGGGAGCUGGUGUCCUUCAUUCUGUACAUGCAGACUUUCGCCGAUGGUUUCCAGAGCCUGGGCUAUGGCGCAGCCAGCAUCUCCAACGCACGGGGGUCUGUGGCAAAGGUGGCGGAGCUCAUUCACAGGAAGCCUCAGAUCGAGGAAGCUGGGCAUUACAAGGCAGACCAUUUUGAUGGCCACGUUGAGCUCAGAUCCGUUUCCCACUCCUACCCAACUCGCCCAGACAGUAAUGUACUGGAGGACUUAUCUGUGGAGAUGCGCCCAGGCGAAGUUGUCGCCUUGGUUGGCCCAAGUGGUGGUGGUAAGAGCACCAUUAUGAAGCUCUUGCAACGAUUCUACAUCCCUCAGUCUGGCAGAGUCUUGUUUGAUGGCAGGGACAUCAGCGAUUUUGAACAACACUGGCUGAAACGAAACGUGGGCGUCGUUGGACAGGAGCCCAGCCUGUUUGAUCGGACGAUUAGACGAAACGUCAUUUUUGGUAUGGAGCCGGAAGAUGGCAUGGAGCCCCCAACGCAGGAGCAAAUCGAGGAGGCCUGCAGGAUGGCGAACGCCCACGAUUUCAUAUCUGGUUUGCCGGACGGCUACGACACGGUGUGCGGAGAGAACGGAGUGCAGCUGUCCGGUGGGCAGAAGCAGCGCAUCGCCAUCGCACGUGCCCUCGUCCGGAACCCCAAAGUGCUCAUGCUUGACGAGGCCACCUCUGCGCUGGAUGCUGAAAGCGAGGCACUCGUGCAGGAAGCCUUGGAGCGGUGCCAGAAGAACCGCACCGUUCUGGUCGUGGCCCAUCGGUUGAGCACCAUCAAGGGAGCAGAUAGGAUUGUGGUGGUCAAGGGAGGGCGCCUAGUGGAGACAGGGACGCACACAGAGCUGCUGGCAAAGAGUGGUAUUUAUGCAUCGUUGGUACGGAGGCAGAUGCAGGGCAUGGGCUCGUCCCUGUCGCUUGCCUCGGAGGGGUAA